AUGGCAGACAUCAAAGAGGUCUCGGCGAGUGAAGUGGAAGCUCCCAAGACGGCAGAAGUGUCGGCACCCGACCAACUCGCAGACUUUGAUGCCAAAUAUGCAGCAAAAUUGCGCCAUCGCAUCGACUGGCGUCUGCUCACGGCCCUGGGCCCCAUGUACGCCAUCUGCCUGCUCGACCGGUCCAACCUCGCGUCGGCCGCCAUCGCCGGCAUGACCGAGGACCUCGACAUGGUCACGGGCAACGGCUACAACCUCACCAACAUGUGUUUCUUCAUCACGUACAUCCUCUUCCAGCCGCUGAUGGUCGUCGUGUGCCGCAAGAUGGGCCCGCGAUGGUUUUUGCCCCUGAUCUGUUUCCUGUGGGGUUGCUUGUUGAUCGGCAUCGGCUUCGUGCACGAUUGGCAGACCAUGUUGGGAUUGAGGCUGAUCUUCGGCGUGCUGGAGAGCGGCUACUUUCCCGGUUGCUUGUACCUCCUCAGCACCUGGUAUACUCGAUUUGAGAGUGCCAGGAGAUAUUCCAUCUUCUAUCUGAUCGGGAGCUGCGCUUCAGGAUGCUCUGGGAUCCUGGCCUACGGCCUUAUGCAAGCGGACGGCGCAGGUGGGCUUCGGGGCUGGCGGUGGAUCUUCAUCCUCGAAGGACUCAUCACCAUCACCCUCGCCAUGAUCGCCGUGGUGAUGAUGGUCAAGUUCCCCGACGAAGAAAUGACCAAACCCUCCCCAAAGUUCCUGACCAGGGAGGAACUGAAUUUCGUCACGGCGCGCCUCGACGCCGACCGCGCCGACGUCUCGCUCGAACCAUUCACGCUCAAGCGCUUCCUCGAGCCCGCCACGGAAUGGUACAUCUACGGCUUCCCCCUCCUGCUGAUGCUGGUCACGACCCUGGCGUACGCGUUCGCCUUCACCCUGCCGACGGUGCUCCGGUCGACGCUCGGCUUCGGCCUGGCGGAAUCGCAGUGCCUGACCGCGCCGCCGUACUUCUUCGCCGCCGUCUUCAUGUACAUCGCCGGAUGGUACAGCGACAGGUACCACACGCGCGGACCCGUCCUGGUCACCCUGGCUCUGGUCAGUCUCGCCGGGUUGCCCAUCAUGGGCUGGGCCAAGAACCCCUGGGUCCGGUAUUUCGGCGUCUUCGUCACCGUCGCCGGCGCCAACAGCGCCAUCCCCAGUAUCAUGGCAUACCAGGGAACGAAUAUCCGCGGCCAAUGGCGCCGGGCCUUCUGCUCCGCGGCACUGACCGCCAUCGGCGGCAUCGGCGGCAUCAUCGGUUCCCUGAUCUUCAGAUCUCAAGACGCGCCAAACUACUACCCCGGCUUCAUCGCCUGUAUUGUGGCGUGUAUACUAGUCAUCGUCAUCGUCGCGAUCAUGUCCGUCUACUUCCACCGGUGCAACAAGGCCGCAGACCGGGGCGAGAGGAUUCUGCUGGGCGAUCCGAACUUUAGGUUCACCCUGUGA